UCAUCAUGGCUCCUGUUCCAACGAAGCAAGAGGGAGGUCAAAUUCUGAAAAGGUGUGAGGUUGCAAAAAAAUUUAAUUUGGGCGAGGAUGUUGGUCAAUUUUUCGAGACACUCAAGUAUUCAGAAGAAGACCCAACACCGAUACUUGUCAUUGAUUAUCUGCAAAUGAAUCAACAUCAAAAGCAAAUCAUCAUUAAUUUCUUUGCUCUACGGGGAGCAACAAUAGUUGGUACAUCAGGCACCGUUAUUAAGUUCGACAAUUUGGGUCAAUUUAUGGAGUCUCAACUGGCAUUGAGAAAAGCACAUCCAUGGGCGUUUUAUUCGGAUCCUAACAACGUUUGUACAACCUACUCACGUAUUCAGACUAUAAGAACCGAUGUUAUAACUUUCUUCUCUCCAAGCAAAUUUGUCACUGGAGCGACACAAUAUUUCGAAGUUUGA